CUAACGCCAGUCGCGGAAUGAGGAGCCUCGUAUCACUUGAAUCACAGCAAAACAAAACUACGUUGACAAAGUUUACUCAACGAUCCAUGAGCGAGAUAUAAACCUAAAACGAACGAUAACUGCCUUUUUUUGAACUGAGCUACACUAUAAAAGGGAGCCUUUGAGAAUAUUCAUUGACUGCUUGAAGAAAUAUUUAUUCAAUUUUGGUGAUAGGGAAAAACAUAAGUUAGAUACAAGAUUGACUUGGAAACUAAAGUUAGCGUUCAUUUAAAAUCAAGAGCCAACGUUUGGAAGCAAACCACAUUAGUUUUCUGAAGGAUUUUGUUAUCUGAAGAUCUUUUUAUCAUUAUAAUAUUAUCAACACCUGGACACAAUGUCUAAACUCAUGCUGUGUACAGUCUUGUUGUUUGUAGCACUCACAUUGAAUAUCCAGCGUGCGGACGCCGGUUAUGAAAAUUUGAGGAUCUUCUGCAGCACGCUCAACCAGACAUUGGAGAACACUAACUCUUGCUAUGAGGCUCCUCGUCUGCUCGACUUUUCUUCACCUCACCAGGAUGUUGACAUGUUCAUCCUAGCCUAUACUUGCUGUCUCAACGCUCAUACCGAGGUCAUUACUGUCACUUAUGACUACAUGCCGUUCCUAGAAUUUGAAUUCCUGGGAGACAUCAUAGUGAUGACCAACGAGAUCACACUGAUAGACAUUGCCAAAUUUCUGCAGAUGUGCAAUAAAGUUCCAAAUAAGCCUUACCGAUUGUCUGAUUACAACUUUUGGGCGGGAAAAGGCAGAAAUGAAAGCAAGUGCAAACGCAUAUAUGCUAAAUGAAUCAGUGAAUUAUUGGCCCUGAAUAAUACGUGCUUAAUGAACUAGCCUACAUUUUUAAAUAAAGAAGUAAGAUCAGCUAGA